AUGCUUCGUCUCAUCGCCAUCGCCGUCGGCGUCAGCACCACCAUGGCCACCACGGCCCUUGCCUCUGAUUUCAUCAACAUGACCUGGGGUCCAGUCACCGUUGGACAAAUGGUUCCCAUCCGCUUUACCGUCGGAGACAAUUCCCCCGUCUCCUUGUUCUUUGGCAAUCUCAGCUGGAACGAUCCUAUUGCCACCAACAUCCCAGCUGCAUCGGCCGAAUACGACUGGGUCGUGACCGUCCCUGAUGGCUUCGUCCCCGGGGACUAUGGUCUCGGGAUUGUUCAGUCGGGCUCAUCCAACUUCUCGCCCCUCUUCACCAUCAGCGCUGCCGGGCCAGGCUCUGGCUCAAGCAAUACCACCUCGGCCACCAGCGGCGCGACCGAAAUUGCACCGCCACUGACAACGACGACUUCCUCUGCACCCUACACGCCAACUGCCAACGCGACAUUGAUCUCUGCCGGUACAGAACCAACUGUGACUGUCACUUACUGGGACCCGCACUGCGGAUGCCGUCAGACCUCCGUCAUGCCUGCACCGGCCGCAGCUGCCACAGGAGGCACGCUAGGGACAACCUACACAUGGUACGAUGACCACUGCGGAUGCACAAAGACUGCCAUUGCUCCGGCUGCAACAAACCCAACGUCAAACUAUACUGCCCCGGUGGUCACGAAUGCCGCCACGAAUGUCCCUCCACCACCGCCGAACACGGCUGCGCCCGCGCCAACAGCCAGUACGACUCCAUACAGUGGUGAUGCUGCUCGCAUGGUGAGCUCAGGCUUGGGAAUCGCAGUGCUGAUUGCUGCAAUUCUGGCAUAG